UAAGGGCCCCCCCCAGCAGAGGGCAGCAUCAGACGUCCCUCACCUCCUCCUGAGUCUCCGUCCUCCCCUCUCCUGAGUCCUCUCUGCUGACACUAUGGGCUGCUGUGGUUGUGGUGGCUGCGGUGGUGGCUGUGGCUGUGGUGGCUGCGGUGGUGGCUGUGGCUGUGGUGGCUGCGGUGGUGGCUGUGGCGGCUGUGACAGCUGCACUUCGUACAGGUGCUACCGGGGAGGCUCCUGCUGCGGCUGCUGUGGGGGCUGCUGCGGGAGCUGCUGCAACACCCCCGUGGUCUGCUGCUACCGCCGCACGUGCCGCCGCCACUCGUGUGACUGCGGCUGCGGCUGCGGGAAGGGCUGCUGUCAGCAGAAGUGCUGCUGUCAGCAGAGGUGCUGCAAGAGGCAGUGCUGCCACUAGGGGGCGGCUUCCACUUCUGAGAAGAUGCUGCAGGGAGCUGCCUCCUUGGUAAGAUUUUCUUUCUUUCUGCCAGCCCUCCCUGAUUUGAGUGUCACAAGGGUGACAUGAGACUGGUUCUCAGGCUGAGGGGUUUGAUCCUCUGGUCCGUGAGAUCUUCCCUCCAAAUGAAAAACAACAACACAAUUCUUUUCCAUCCAUCACCAAAUUAUGGGCCCAACAAGGUGGAGUGAUGAUUUUCAAUGUUAUAUUUUCUUGAUAUUUUACUUUUGAAAUGCUUAUUUCCAUUUCUCCCCCCCCCCCUUCCUGUGGCUUCUCCAUCCUGUAUCUCUGUACUGCUUUCUGAUUCUGUAAACCAAUUCUUUCCUAAUAAACCACACAAAAUUGGCA